AUGGUCGAAGCAGAACGCAGACUACUGGCCAAUGCUCUUCUUGAUUUCUCAAACCAUUAUUUUGUUCUCCUCUCUGAAUCAUGCAUUCCCCUUUAUAAUUUUUCCACAAUAUACUCUUACCUAAUGAACUCGACCCAAAAUUUUGUGGAGUUGUACGAUUUACCUGGCCCCGUCGGUCAAGGAAGGUACAGCAUCCUAAUGCAGCCAUUGAUCAAGCUCGAGCAAUGGAGAAAGGGCUCUCAAUGGUUUGCAAUGGACAGAGAUCUUGCAAUUGAAGUUAUAGCUGACAAUACUUAUUUUCCAGUGUUCCAAAAAUAUUGCAAUGGCUCAUGUUAUGCUGAUGAGCAUUAUUUGCCAACGUUUGUGAACGUGAAAUUUGAAGGGAGGAAUUCAAAUAGAACUUUGACUUGGGUUGACUGGUCCAAGGGUGGGCCCCAUCCUUCCCAGUUUUUAAGGACAGAUGUUACUCCAGAGUUCUUGGAGAAGUUAAGGAGUGAAAAUUCAUGCUCACAUUUUUAUCACAAUUUCUCUUAUCAGAUAGUAACUGAGUUGAGUUCUACUGGCCAGUUGAUCUAUGGAGUUGAGCCAUAG